UGUCCCUGGAGCUGUGACAGAGCCCCCUGGGUGUCCUGGAGCUGUGACAGAGCCCCCUGGGUGCCCACAUGGAGCCCCCCACGGCGCUGCCCGCCCUGGACGUGGACAGGGCCGUGGCCACGGCCUUCGUGGUGCUGCUGGGGCUCUUCCUGCUCGCCGUGACCGUGCGCUGCGCCCGCCUCGUGGUGGAUCCCUACAGCGCCAUCCCCACCUCCACCUGGGAGGAGGAGCCCAUCAACUGACCCCUAGACAGGAGCCUGGACCCCC